ACUCCUAACCAACUCGAAUUUUCUGUGCGUAAAUUUUUAUUCAUUUCCUCCUCUCAAAUCUCUAAUAUGUUCUUAAUCCAAUCUCCCACUUCUCCUAAAUCCCUUUCUGAUCUAUAUUUCAUUAUGUUAAUCACGUGUGCGAAGAUCAUUCAUCCAUCAACCAUCAUUUGCACCCAUAAAAUAAAUCAGGAAGAGAAACCGCCCUUGGCGGAUUGCAGCCAUGAGAAAGUCAAAGUCCUCUCUACUUGACUCAUUCCCAAAUUGGGUUGUAACUUGUAAAAAUCUGAAGGGGCAAACAUAACAAGAAAUGGCGGAUUGCAACUCAAGGGACUAAGUCAAGCAGGAGACAAAAAUUAGAAGUUCAGAAAUUUUUAACUGAAGAGUUGAAUACGAGAGCUUACUACAUAAAUUUGUUAUAAAAUAUUCCAAUUGGCCUUAUCUCCAGUACUGACUUCUGAUUGAUAUGGAAUGGAAUGGAAUGGGACUUACACACAUUUUAUUAAGGCGGGAACAGCAGCCAAGAACUGUAGCUCCUGUAAACCUCACGGCUAUAUAAACGGCACAAGGCUUUGAUGUCCUGCCGUCAAACAUCAAGCAAUCCUUCUUCCAAGAUCAACAAGAAUGUCGUUCAGAACUUGUAAACCACUUUCUAUGAUCUCCAAUCUAGUUAUGGUUAUCAGCCUCUUUCAUCUCUCUGCACUCAGAGACCCACAGCAAGCAGUCACGGUUGCUGCUUCAACCAACAACCAGACCGACAGGCUCGCGCUGCUCGAGUUCAGGAACGGCAUAACCAGCGAUCCGCAUGGAGUUUUCCGAUCCUGGAACGAUUCAGUCCAUUUCUGCAGCUGGGUGGGCAUUUCCUGCGGCAGACAUGGUGAUGAUGGCUCGCAGAGAGUCACAUCUCUGGUGCUGAAGAAACAAGACCUGGUGGGCACUCUGCCUCCGCACAUUGGGAACCUCAGCUUCCUCCAGGCCAUCAACCUGGAAAACAACACCUUCCACGGGGAGAUUCCUCAGGAGAUAGGGAACCUACUUCAGCUUCGAGAAAUCAACCUCUCGUCCAACUCUUUCGUUGGGGAAAUUCCUGACAACCUGACACGCUGUUAUGAGCUCCGUAUCAUGAGGCUGGGAUUGAAUAAUCUGCAAGGGCGGAUCCCUCUGGAGAUUGGGUCUUUGUCAAAGCUCCGAGUCAUGAGGGUUGGAACAAACAACCUGACAGGAGAGAUUCCCCAUUCGGUGGGGAACCUGACAAAUCUGAUUGACUUCGGAGCUGCUUAUCUCAACCUGGUGGGGCGCAUCCCAGAGAGCCUGGGUGCUCUGGAGAACUUGUACUCGAUUUCUCUUGGGAUAAACCAAAUGAUCGGUACCAUUCCUCGAUCAUUCUUCAACAUCACCACUCUUAGCAUCAUUGCCCUCCCUUGGAACCAGUUUGAGGGUCGUCUACCCGAUGAUAUAGGCUUCACUUUACCGAAACUCCAGAAGUUUGCUAUCUCAAAGAACAAAUUUGCCGGUUCCAUCCCUAAAUCAUUGUGCAACGCCACAGAGCUGCAGCUCGUGGACAUGAACAAAAAUGGUUUCGUCGGUCAAAUUCCCGAUUGCAUAGGGAAUCUGCCAGAUCUAUUCUGGCUGUCAGCUGGGAUAAAUCAUCUCGGCAAUUAUUCCCCUGACGACUUCGAGUUCUUGAAAGGGUUGCAAAAUUGCAGUCAGCUUCAACUUUUGUCCAUCACUGCCAACAACUUUGGAGGCACUCUACCUAGCACCAUAGCAAACCUCUCCGCCCAGCUUGCCAUACUUGACGUUUCAGAAAAUAAACUAAUAGGAUCGGUUCCUGCUGGACUUGAGAAGUUGGUUAACUUGAAUGCCCUAUAUCUGUCAUACAACCUCUUUGGAGGUUCCAUUCCUCCUUUCUUUAGCAGGUUUCCCUAUUUGCAAAGCUUGCAUUUAGAAGGAAAUCAGCUAUCUGGUCCAAUUCUUCCCUCCAUUGGCAACCUUACUCAGUUGACUGAACUCAACAUCUCGAAUAACAGAUUCGAAGGCGCUAUUCCUUUGGGUCUUGGUUCAUUGCUUCAGUUGAUUUCCUUGGAUAUUUCAGGAAAUACUCUCACUGGAUCUAUACCUGGCAAGAUUUUCAGUCUUCCAUCCUUGACAAAAUUACUGAACUUGUCACACAACUUAUUCACAGGGAACCUGACUCCAGAAAUAGGGAUGCUGGAGAAUCUCAAUGCUUUGGAUAUUUCUCAUAAUUUCCUGACAGGCAAAAUUCCAAGUGCCAUUGGUGAUUGCAAGAGCUUAGAGUAUCUCUAUUUACAGAGGAACUCGUUAGCCGGUGCCAUCCCUCCAUCUUUAGCUUUCUUGAAAAGCCUUCGAAAAGCCGAUCUUUCACUCAACAACUUGCAAGGAGAAAUCCCGUCGGCUCUUCAAAAUAGUAACCUCUUACAGUAUCUGAAUCUCUCUUUCAAUCACCUUGACGGCCAGGUGCCAACGGAAGGAAUCUUUUCAAACUCAAGUAGCAUAUCAUUAAUGGGGAACAAUAUGCUUUGCGGUGGUGUGCUCAAUCUCCAUCUUCCCAAGUGCACGGCUAAACCUUCCACAAAGGCUAUCAAUCGCCGUACAGUUGUGUUGGUAGUUCUUGUUUUUGUAGGUCUAUCCCUUCUGUCCCUAUUAACCUUCCGAAUUAUCACAAACUCAUCAAGAUCAAAGAAGAAGACACUUGUGGAAGGUCCAACACUAACCAAUUUUGUAAGGGUCUCUUACAGAGACCUUCACAGAGCAACUGGUGGAUUCUCUUCAGAGUUUUUGAUUGGGUCUGGCAGCUUCGGCCUUGUCUACAAAGGGAAAUUGGAUGGAAUCGACCCACCAGUAGCUGUGAAAGUGCUGAAGCUGGAAAACAGGAAGGCUUACAAGAGCUUGGCGGCAGAACUGAAUGCAUUGAGAAGCAUCAGGCACCGGAACCUUGUCGGGGUCAUGUCAUACUGUUCCAGUUCGGACCACAAUGGCGAUGAAUUCAGAGCUCUAGUUUUCGAAUACAUGAGGAAUGGAAAUCUGGAGAACUGGCUGCACACCAUGGACGGUUCCCACAAACUCGGUCCCGGUCAAAGGCUCAACAUUGCAGUCGAUGUGGCAUCUGCACUACAUUAUCUCCAUGACCUCUGCGAAACUCCACUUGCGCAUUGCGAUUUGAAGCCGAGCAAUGUGCUUCUGGACGAAGACAUGGUUGCCCAUUUGAGCGAUUUUGGCAUUUCCAGGAUUCUUUCAGCUGAGGGUACCACAUUCUCGGGAACAAGCACCAUUGGCAUCAAAGGAACAAUUGGGUAUACUCCUCCAGGUGGGCAAAAUUCCUUCACAUUUACGUCUUCGUGGAUCCAUGUGUCAACAUAAUCAACUGUUCUUUGGAUACAGGAUACUUACUUUGCACCUUUUUGCAGAGUACGGAAUGGGCAGUGCAGCGUCGAAAGAAGGUGAUGUGUACAGCUUCGGAAUUCUACUGCUGGAAUUGUUCUCCGGGAAAAGACCCACCGACCAAUUGUUCGAAGACGGUCGAAAUCUUCGAGACUAUAUGACGGCGGGGCUGCCAGAUACGGUAUUUGCGGUGCUGGAUCCAGUGCUCUCUCCCGGUGGAGACAUAACUGAGGCGGCGGAGAUAUGCGGAGGUGAAGCAAUCACAGAAUUGGUCGAACUGCAACGCAGAGAGAUAAACUACAGAGAGGCGAGCUUAAUGAGGUCGAGUCAAUACCUCAAUUGCAUGAAGUCGGUCGUCGAAAUCGGGAUAGCUUGUUCUCUGGAAUCGGCGACACAACGGAUGAAGACGGCGGACGUCUACCAUAGGCUAGAGUGCAUUAGAGAUGCUUUUACCGCAAAUACCAUUCGCCGUCGACCCAGAGAAUGGCCGGACCGGUCGUAAAUUGGGGAAACUCCCGCAUGCCUUCACUGGACUUUAAUCUGUGCAAACAAGCCCUGGCUCAACAAACAACAAACAACAAACCGUAAGAGUGGUAUAGAUCGAUAAUUAAUAUUUUAUUGGGAU